CCGUUGGCCCAGCCUACAGCAUCUCACCAAGUAUAUAUAAGCCUCUCCUCACGAGCAAACGUUCGAGAUCCUUGGUAGCUUCUUGCAAAGGGUUUUCAGUAUUUGCUGUGAUAUAGAGAAGCCCUUCAACACCAGGCAAGAUGGGAGACCUGCACGAGUUCGGGAAGGCCGCUCCCUUCCUGCGCAAGUCGGAGAAGGAGCGUCUGGAGGCCCAGACUCGCCCCUUCGACAUGAAGAAGGAGUGCUACGUGGACGACCCGAAGGUCGAGUUCGUGAAGGCCACCAUCAAGAGCAGCGAGGGUGGCAAAGUCACCGUCGACACUGAGACUGGCCAGACUGUGACAGUCAAGGACAGCCAAGUCCACCAGAUGAAUCCUCCCAAGUUCGACAAAAUUGAGGACAUGGCCAUGUUGACCUUCUUGAACGAACCGUCUGUGCUGUUUAACCUGAAGGAAAGAUACGCAGCCUGGAUGAUUUACACCUACUCCGGCCUCUUCUGCGUCACCAUCAACCCAUACAAAUGGCUGCCGGUGUACGACCCAAUCGUUGUGGCUGGAUACAGAGGGAAGAAGCGUCAGGAGGCACCUCCUCACAUCUUCUCCAUCUCUGAUAACGCUUAUCAGUUCAUGCUGACUGAUAGAGAAAAUCAGUCUAUCCUCAUCACCGGAGAAUCCGGUGCUGGUAAGACUGUCAACACGAAGAGAGUCAUCCAGUACUUCGCAACAAUUGCGGCCCUGGGCGACGCUACCAAGAAGAAGGAGGAAAGCAGAAAGGGUACCCUUGAGGAUCAAAUCGUCGAGGCCAACCCUCUGAUGGAAGCUUUUGGUAACGCCAAGACCGUGAGAAAUGACAACUCGUCGCGUUUUGGCAAGUUCAUCAGAAUCCACUUCGGUGCCACAGGAAAACUAUCAUCCGCAGAUAUUGAAACUUAUCUCCUGGAGAAAUCUCGAGUAACAUUCCAGCUUCCAACGGAAAGGAACUACCACAUUUUCUAUCAAAUUGAAUCUCAAAAGAAGCCAGAACUUCUAGAAAUGCUGCUCAUUACCAACAACCCAUACGACUAUGUCUUCAUCAGCCAGGGUGAAAUCACCGUGCCGUCCCUCGAUGAUGGAGACGAAUUAAUGGCCACGGACAGCGCCAUCGACAUCCUGGGCUUCACCAACGAUGAGAAAUUGAGCAUCUACAAAGUGACCGGUGCCCUCAUGCACUACGGCAACAUGAAGUUCAAGCAGAAACAGCGGGAGGAGCAGGCAGAGCCCGACGGCAAUGAGGAUGCUGACAAAGCGGCCUAUCUCAUGGGCCUCAACUCCGCAGAUCUCCUCAAAGGUCUCUGCUACCCCAGAGUCAAAGUCGGCAACGAAUACGUGACCAAAGGUCAAACUGUCCAGCAGGUGCACAACUCAGUGGGUGCCCUGGCAAGAUCCGUGUUUGAGAAGAUGUUCCUCUGGAUGGUCAUCCGCAUCAACGAGACCCUUGCCACCAAAUUAGCGAGGCAACACUUCAUCGGUGUGCUGGACAUUGCCGGCUUCGAGAUUUUCGACUUCAACACCUUCGAGCAGCUGUGCAUCAACUUCACCAACGAGAAGCUGCAGCAGUUCUUCAACCACCACAUGUUCGUGCUGGAGCAAGAGGAGUACAAGAAGGAGGGCAUCGACUGGGUCUUCAUCGACUUCGGCAUGGACCUGCAGGCCUGCAUCGACCUCAUCGAGAAGCCCAUGGGCAUCAUGUCCAUCCUCGAGGAGCAGUGCAUGUUCCCCAAAGCCAACGAUCAGACCUUCAAGGAGAAGCUGUACGACCAGCAUCUCGGCAAGAACCAAUUCUUCCAGAAGCCCAAGCCGUCGAAGGGAAAGCACGAGGCUCACUUCUCCCUCGGCCACUACGCCGGCAACGUGGACUACAACAUCGGUGGCUGGCUGGAGAAGAACAAGGAUCCACUGAACGACUCUGUGGUGCAGCUCUACCAGAAGUCAGCGCUGAAGAUGCUGGCAGCUGUUUACGCUACCUAUGCUAGUGUUGAUAGCGACACCGGCAGCAAGGGAGGCAAGAAGAAGAAGGGUUCCUCCUUCCAGACCGUGUCUGCCCUGCACAGGGAGAAUCUGAACAAGCUGAUGACCAACCUGAAGACAACUCACCCCCACUUCGUGCGUUGCAUCAUCCCCAAUGAGACCAAGACUCCCGGUACCAUGGACAACAUCCUCGUGAUGCACCAGCUGCGUUGUAACGGCGUGCUGGAGGGCAUCAGGAUCUGCAGGAAGGGCUUCCCCAACAGGAUCGUCUACGGUGACUUCAAGCAGCGGUACCGCGUGCUGAACCCCAACGCCAUUCCGGAGGGGCAGUUCAUGGACAGCAAGAAGGCCUGCGAGAAACUCAUGGCCUCCCUGGAGCUCGAUGACACUCAGUACAAGUUCGGACACACCAAGGUGUUCUUCCGCGCUGGUCUCCUGGGUACCCUGGAGGAGAUGAGGGACGACCGCCUGUCCCUCCUGCUCACGCGCACCCAGGCCCUCGCUCGUGGCUACCUGAGCCGCGUCGAGUUCAAGAAGAUGCUGGAGAGACGCGAGUCUCUGAUCAUCAUCCAGUACAACAUCAGAGCCUUCAUGGGUGUGAAGAACUGGCCGUGGAUGAACCUGUACUUCAAGAUCAAGCCUCUGCUCAAGUCCGCCGAAUCCGAGAAGGAAAUGGCGAACAUGAAGGAGGAGUUCAUCAAGACCAAGGAGGCCCUGGAGAAGUCGGAGACCCGGCGUAAGGAGCUGGAGGAGAAAAUGAUCUCCGUUAUGCAGGAUAAGAAUGACCUGCUCAUCCAAGUCCAGAGUAGCGAGGAGACCCUGAAUGAUGCAGAGGAGAGGUGUGACCAGCUGAUCAAGACCAAAAUCCAGCUGGAAGGCAAGAUCAAAGAAAUUCAAGAGCGAGUCGAAGAGGAGGAGGAAAUGAACGCCGAGAUUACUGCCAAGAAGAGGAAGCUCGAGGACGAAUGUUCCGAACUGAAAAAGGACAUUGACGACCUCGAGCUGACGCUCGCUAAGGUCGAGAAGGAAAAACACGCGACCGAGAACAAGGUGAAAAACCUGACCGAGGAGAUGGCCGUGCUGGACGAGAACGUGUCCAAGCUGACGAAGGAGAAGAAGGCCCUGCAGGAGGCUCACCAGCAGACGCUGGACGACCUCCAGGCGGAGGAGGACAAAGUCAACUCCCUCACCAAGGCCAAGGCCAAGCUGGAGCAGCAAGUGGACGAUCUCGAGGGCUCGUUGGAGCAAGAGAAGAAGGUCCGCAUGGACGUCGAAAGAACCAAGAGAAAGAUGGAAGGAGACCUGAAGCUGGCCCAGGAGUCCCUCAUGGACUUGGAAAACGACAAGCAGCAACUGGACGAGAAGCUGAAGAAGAAAGACUUUGAGAUGAGCCAGCUGAACAGCAGGAUCGAGGAUGAAGUCAGCCUGUCCGCUCAACUGCAGAAGAAGAUCAAGGAACUGCAGGCCCGUAUCGAGGAGCUGGAGGAGGAGAUCGAGGCGGAGCGUGCCGCUCGCGCCAAGGUGGAGAAGCAGAGGUCCGACCUCUCUCGGGAGCUGGAAGAGAUCAGCGAGAGGCUGGAGGAGGCCGGCGGAGCCACCUCGGCUCAGAUCGAGAUGAACAAGAAGAGGGAGGCCGAGUUCCAGAAGCUCAGGAGAGACCUGGAGGAGGCCACCCUGCAGCACGAAGCCACGGCCGCCGCCUUGAGGAAGAAGCAGGCCGACUCCGUGGCCGAGCUCGGGGAGCAGAUCGACAACCUGCAGCGCGUCAAGCAGAAGCUGGAGAAGGAGAAGAGCGAGUUCAAGAUGGAAGUCGAUGACCUCAGCAGCAACUUGGAACAAGUCACAAAAGCCAAGGUCAAUCUUGAAAAGCUCUGCAGGACAAUUGAAGACCAGCUUGCUGAAGUGAAGACCAAGGAAGAGGAACAAAUACGUUCCAUUAAUGAUAUCAACACUCAGAGGGCUCGACUGCUGGCGGAAAACGGCGAGCUUUCAAGAAAAUUGGAAGAGAAGGAAGUUCUUGUGGUGCAGCUUUCCCGAGGGAAGCUGUCCUACACACAGCAGGUGGAAGACCUCAAGAGGCAACUGGAAGAGGAGAUUAAGGCCAAGAACGCCCUGGCCCACGCCGUGCAGUCGGCAAGGCACGACUGCGACCUCCUCCGCGAGCAGUUCGACGAGGAACAGGAGGCCAAGGGCGAGUUGCAGAGGGCCAUGUCCAAGGCCAACGCCGAGGUGGCCCAGUGGAGGACCAAGUACGAGACCGACGCCAUCCAGAAGACCGAGGAGCUGGAGGAAGCCAAGAAGAAGCUGGCCGCCCGUCUCCAGGAGGCGGAGGAGCAAGUCGAGGCUUCAAACUCCAAGUGCGCCUCCCUCGAGAAGACCAAGCAGCGUCUGCUGGGUGAAGUGGAGGACCUCAUGAUCGAUGUGGAGAGGGCCCACUCAGCUGCUGCUGCUCUUGACAAGAAGCAGAAGGCCUUCGACAAGAUUCUGUCAGAAUGGAAGCAGAAGUAUGAGGAGAGCCAGUCCGAGUUGGAAGCGUCUCAGAAGGAAUCGAGAUCGCUCAGCACAGAGGUCUUCAAGCUUAAAAAUGCCUACGAGGAAACGUUGGAUCAUCUGGAGACACUGAAGAGAGAAAACAAGAACCUGCAGGAGGAGAUUUCGGACCUCACGGAGCAGCUUGGCGAGAGCGGAAAGGCCCUGCACGAGGUGGAGAAGAGCCGUAAGCAGCUUGAACAAGAGAAACUUGAAAUCCAAGCAGCUCUCGAGGAGGCAGAGGCGUCUCUUGAGCACGAAGAAGGAAAGAUUCUUCGUAUCCAGCUCGAGCUGAACCAGGUGAAGGCAGACAUUGACAGGAAGAUCGCCGAGAAAGACGAAGAACUCGACCAGCUCAAGAGGUCGAACCAGCGCACCGUGGAGUCCAUGCAGGCCUCGCUGGACGCGGAGACCAAGAGCAGGAACGAGGCCCUCAGGCUGAAGAAGAAGAUGGAGGGAGACCUCAACGAGAUGGAAAUCCAGCUCAACCACGCCAACAGGCAGGCGGCCGAGUCUCAGAAGCACCUGCGCAACGUGCAGGGACAGAUCAAGGACCUGCAAGUGCACCUGGACGACACCCUGCGCAGCAACGACGACCUCAAGGAGCAGGUGGCGAUGAUCGAGCGGCGCAACAACCUGCUGCUGGCCGAGGUGGAGGAGAUGCGCACCGCCCUGGAGCAAACGGAGAGGGCCAGGAAGGUGGCCGAGCAGGAGUUGCUGGGCGCCACCGAGAGGGUGCAGCUGCUGCAUUCCCAGAAUACCAGCUUGAUCAACACCAAGAGGAAGCUCGAGGGAGACAUCGUCCAGUUGCAGAACGAGUGCGAGGAAGCCAUUCAGGAGAGCCGCAAUGCUGAUGAAAAAGCAAAGAAGGCCAUCACUGAUGCCGCCAUGAUGGCAGAGGAGCUGAAGAAGGAGCAGGAUACGAGCGCUCAUCUCGAGAGGAUGAAGAAGAACAUGGAGCAGACGGUGAAGGAUCUGCAGAACAGGCUGGACGAGGCCGAACAGAUCGCGAUGAAGGGUGGCAAGAAGCAGAUCCAGAAGCUCGAGACCAGGGUGCGUGAGCUGGAGUCCGAGCUGGAUUCCGAACAGAGACGCAUCGCCGAGACCAUCAAGGGAGCUCGCAAGUACGAGCGCAGAGUCAAGGAGCUGACUUACCAGGCCGAGGAAGACAGGAAGAACAACCUGCGACUCCAGGAUCUGGUCGACAAGCUGCAGCUCAAAGUGAAGACUUACAAGAGGCAGUCGGAGGAAGCGGAGGAGCAGGCCAACACCAACCUGUCUAAGUACCGCAAGAUGCAGCACGAGUUGGAGGAGGCCGACGAGCGUGCGGACAUCGCCGAGUCUCAGGUCAACAAGCUGCGCGCCCGCUCCCGGGACGUGCACCCAACCAAGGCUGAAGCCGAGUAAUGCCAAAGGUAUCGAACUACCGUAGAGCAAUUCGCUGUACAAUACAGCGAUUGACUUUACUGCUGCUUAGGAUCUACACAUCUAAUGUAUGUAAAGUGCAUUAAAAAAUAAAAGAAACUAAUGAAACUG